CAUCUAUACAGCAUUGACAAUCAGUUUAGUUAGAAGCAACUGCUUUCAAAUAAAUCGUACGACAUCAGAUAUACAAAUGCAGCUGUUGGUACCUCAGAGAUUGGCCGUGGUGCCAUUUGUUGUAAUGUGCCUCCUGCAUGAAUUGGUGCCCGCUCAAGAUGAGAACGGCGAAGUUUUUAAACACGCGGACGUGAACGAGGAUGGUGUACUUUCGUUGGGCGAGUAUCAAAAUUCAUUUAGUAUGUACGACGGCAACAACGACACUCGUAUUGAGAAAAAAGAGUACUUAGAUUUCUACAAGGAAACUGCCAUGAAGUUUUGGAGCUACUACGAUUUGAACAACGACUGCGUCCUCAAUGAUAAAGAUUACAAGCCUUUGUUCAACCAAACCGACGCUGAUGGCGAUAAAACAGUUACACUCGCUGAGUUUCAAAAAUGGACAAACAGCUAAAAUAAAGCGAACAUCCCGCUCCAACCCGUUUGAGGCAACCACAAAUCCAUCAGUGUUAAACAGAACAAGCAACCAGUACAACAACCAAGAAAUUAACAGCGUCGCCACAUCGCCAUUCAAUCAACAGACAAACAAAAAAUUAACCAAACAAACUUCCCAAACACCAAAUCACUACAUUCUUCAAACAUUAAAUCAAUAAACAUCCCACACAUUAAAUAUUUAAACAUCUUUAUUGCUAUGUCAACAAACAUCCCAUAAAACAAAAUCAAUAACCAUCACAAACACUAAAUCAACAACAUCGCAAACAAUAAAUCAACAAACAUUUUAAAACUAAAUCAAUAAACAACCCAUACACUGGCACAAGACAAACAAUAAAUUAUCAAAUAUCAAAUUAUAACUCAUAAGAAUAAAGGGCAUCCUUGAAUCAAUUAUAAAUCUGUCUUCAAAAUAUAUACAUAUAAACUUCC